UUGCGUGGGAUGGAUGGAUGGAUAACGUGCAAAUUUUAUGUCUGCAGCAAAAGGGGCGCAUACCGUCUUCUAAGCAGAUGGUCUUAGCUUCGCUGCACGAAACAGCUGCUUUUCUUUAUAACGAAAAAAAUGAAAAGAAGGAGUGAGGAUCGUGGGUUGCCUAGUGCCGCACGUAUCGUUCGUUCUAUUGCUUCCGAUGGACACUCGCAUGGCGCCUCUGCGCUUAGAUACGAAGGACUGACCCACACACCCGAGUCCGCAUCACACAUGUGACGUAGAAAUCGUCCUAGCACUCGUAGGAUGCGAAACGAGGCAUCGAAAUUUGCUUACCAAGUCCCCCUGCGCAAACAAUCGGGGCGACGCCACGGCGCCUUUCGAGUCCUUUGGUUCGUUUCAGUGUGUGCCGCGAGUUCGGCCAAUACGACUACGGGAAGUGACGCUCUGUGGACAAAACACCCAUGCGGGCAGACCCAGUUUAUACCCCGCAUCAUAAACGGUCUUCGCGCUCCAGAGAACCGAUACCCAUGGGUUGUACUGGUUCAAGCUAGGGACGAAGUGAAGAAGCUCACGGGCAUCUGCGGUGGCACUAUCAUCACCAGCAAGCACGUGCUCACCGCCGGACACUGCUUGUUUCUCCACGGCGAGCGGUCCCAGCUCUCGGUGCUGUACGGCCACACGACACUGGCGCUGUCGAGGCGGAUUUCCGUGAUCGGGGCGGAUUUGCACCCCAGAUACGACGACAAGACGCUCAAGAACGACAUCGCGGUGCUCGAGCUGUCGCGUAAGCUGAAGUUCUCUGAUCACGUGCAGCCCGUGUGUCUGCCCACCGAGGAUUUUCCUCCGCUGCCCGGAACCGUCGGCAUCGUGGCCGGAUGGGGCUACACAUCUGAGAGUGGACAGCAACACCGCAAUCCGUACCUGCUGUACGUCACGCAAGUGAUCAAGGGGCCGGAAUACUGCAAGGCUAAAAUGGAAGGCUACUACUACAGUCCAUCAACAGCAUUCUGCGCCUACCGUUACAGCUACGACGCUUGCCAGGGCGACUCAGGUGGCGGCCUGAUGGUUCUGCAUGAUGAGCGUUGGUACACGGUGGGAAUAAUCUCGUACGGCGUAGGCUGCGCUACCCCUGGCAUGCCGGGAGUCUACACGGACGUCACCAGAUACGUCGGCUGGCUCCGCCACGCGCUGCGAGACUAUCUGUGAAGAACCACGUCGCCUGUAAUAGAGCAUCGCAACACAGGCUGCGGCACAACCGAGCAUCACAGAUAUGAAGUACAUGACGAAGAGCUGUACCCACGUGAAACCAGCUGUCUGUCGUCAGUCUUAUCAGUUUAAGUUUUCAGUUUAUUAUUCGUUCAUAGCAAUUGGUUACAAGAAAUGGUAUGCAGACAAGGGUUCCAAAGUCAGAGACUGCACUGGGACCCUUGGAUCAGAAGCUAUAUAAAAAAUAAAGCUGAAUACAGAGCAGAAAAACAAAAUAUGAUAUAAUCAAAGUAUAACCAAGAAAUUGAGUGAUGACACACAUAAAAACGACCAUUCUUUUAAUUGUGAUCGAAUCAUUACUAAAUUUGAAUAACCCUGAUUAGAGUAAUAAUCACCGCGGUGUCAAUCGAAAAAAAAAAAUGAAUGGUCGUGCCAAUGAAACCGUCGGGUCAAGUGCUUCUGAGGAGCUGAUUCUUGCGUAGAUACAUACAGAAAGUGAGCCACUAUGUUCAGCAUCUCUAACUUGUCAAUCAAUCAAUCAAUCAAUCAAUCAAUCAAUCAAUCAAUCAAUCAAUCAAUCAAUCAAUCAAUCAAUCAAUCAAUCAAUCAAUCAAUCAAUCAAUCAAUCAAUCAAUCAAUCAAUCAAUCAAUCAAUCAAUCAAUCGAAAUACCUCGUGAUGUGUUACCUGCUGAAGAUGCACAGUGUGCUAAGAAGGGUGCCGUAGUGGAUGUCUCUAUAGUUGUUUUGACCGUUUCCAGCGUUCUUUAAUGAGCGCCGAAAUGCGAGCGCUUACGCGAGUGCGCUAGCGUACAUAGAUGUAGGUGAUCAGUACUUAAACAACGCCUUUGCGUCCUGCCUCGAUUGAAAUGUACUCGCUGUGGUUCUCUCCGAAGUGAGCGUUUAAAAUCACUUCCACGCACUGAUACCACUUAAGAAGAUAACUUUUUGCGUAGAAUCCUUUCUUUUAGGGCAAGUGCAGGAGCCUCGUAAGCCGGAGGCACUGAAUUCAAAUCCUGGUGCAGCCGGAAACCAACCGCUUUUUUUAAUGGGUAGAGAUGGCACCCGGCCUGGUGCUCGGCUGCAUGUAGGGGUUUUGCAUUUCUAAAGGGGGCCCUACAGGUAUUAUCUGGUUGGUAUCUGGGCCACGGACAAGAAUUGUUGAAGGAGCAUCCGCCGCGACUCUAGGAGGCACACUAGCGCUGGUGCCGUGUGCCUAGAGGUAAAAUAGGUACAAGCACGAUUCCGGCCAGGUGCUCGGCCGUUGUGGGACCUCAAUGCUUGGAAACGGCUGUUUAUCCCUAAUGUAAGCCGAAUUCUACUUUGUAAUUAUUCCUGGUCGACUAUGUCGUUAUACCAACCAGCCUGGCUAAACCAUCUUGCAAUUCACCCUGACGCUUGAAUACUUUUGACGUAUUAAAUAAAGAACUGCGUAUUGCUAA